GUGAAAACACUAGAAGGUUGCCAAGAGCACAGGAAGUUGCAAGAGGGGGCAGUCAUUUUUGGCGUUGGCGUAUAAUGUUAACAGAAUAGGAAAGGGGUUAGUCAUCAUCAUCACAAAAUAUCAGAUCUGAAACACAGACAUCCAAGAUUAUGGUACUCCAUUCAUUCGUCAGCGCGGAUGCUCUAAAGAAAACCCUGUAUAUUCCACCCAUCUGCUCCUUUUCAUCGUCUACCCCCUUGGCCUGUUGCCUCUAUUUUUUUCAGUUUCAGUUUCAGUGACCGCAAGGGUAUUUUUAUAGAAGCACUCCCGUUUCGCGUCACAUCCACUACCGGAAAUCAGCUCCUUCACCACUUUAGUGCCGUCGGAUAGGCCUAUACAAAUAAGAAUUCUGAACAUGGCAUCUGAAACGCCAACAUAUUAUGGUCUGAAAGGUAACAACACCACUCUCCAUAACGUCACAGAAUCGGAGAAAAUAACGUACUUAGCCGAACUUCAGGCGCAGACGACACGAAUCAUGCUUCCCGCCAUCGUGCUGCUCAUCCUCUUCGCUGUCGUGGGUUUGUUCGGGAACACUCUAGUCCUGAUUGCCUACUCCCAGAAGCUCCGUAAAACGGCAACCCAGAUAUUCAUCAUGGCGAUCGCCAGCUUUGAUCUCGUUACCAACGUGUUGGUUAUUCCAGCUGAGGUCUACGACAUGUUCCACAUCUGGGACUUCGACAACCCCCACAUGUGCCGUGCGCGCUAUUUCGUCACCUCGGUCACCACUGUGUCGUCUGCCGCUCUUCUCCUCGCUCUCUCCAUCGUCAGGUACCGAAAAGUAUGCAGACCGUUCGGCAAGCAAGUGAGUGUGAAGCAAGCUAAGGUUCAGUGUCUCUUCCUCGCCAUAGUAUCGCUAAUCGUCUGCAUCCCAUUUCCCCUCCUCUACGGUACUGAGACAAAGAAGACCCCUCGACCGGACAUUGUCGGCUACGAGUGCUCCAUAGACGACAGUGUCAAAAACACAAUCUGGCCUACGGUCAAUUCCAGUAUGUUACUAAUCGUUUUCCUAUCCCUCUGCAUCCCUCUAGUCGUUAUGUACGUUCUGAUCGGGGCCCAAGCUUGGCGCCACAGCAAAAAAUAUGGGCUUUCCACAGUUUCAACUAACGCCCACUUAAACGUCACUUCCGGGGGGAAUUUCCACUCAAGUACUUCCACUCAAAGUAUGACGUUUGCCAAACACAGCUCAUCAUGUGGGACUGGUACUUCUGAAAAACGAUUUGCUCAAAUGUGUGAACUAAAAAAUGGUGGUGGCGAUUAUGUAAGUGAAGGGGGUAAUGAAUCUCCAAAUACAAGCAGAGAGGACGGUGCUGUAAGUAGCACGGGCAGAGUAACGUCAAGAACAACGGAAAGAGGAAUGAUUUUCUCAAAUGAUAACGACGGAUCAGGUAAAACUGGUGACAUGAAACUUCAUAAUGCAGCAGGGAACGUGAGUGUCCAUGAAGCUGCUGAUUCGAAUGCCAAGCAGCAGAACAAAACGAGCCAAGUCUCAGCGCCGUUCAUUAAAAAGAUUUCUUUUAAUCAGACGUCCUCACAAGAAAACUACAAUAAUGCCCACCAUCCAACAGGGACAGAGCAAGGUAACGAACAAAACACUGCCGUUGAGGAUGAAACUGUAGAUGAAACAAGCAAAGGACAGAAGAACAGAAAGAACAAUCCGACUGAUAAAAUGUAUGUCACAAAGUCUAAGAAGAUCAGACCAGGAAUCAUCAAAGUGCGGUCUUCUGUGGGCCGAAAGAAAUCGCCAGCAUCGACUCUGGGUCAGCCCGCCGAAAGACGAGGCAUGGGCAGGACGACAACUAUGCUUUUCGCCGCUAGCGCGGUCUACAUUCUUGGCUUUCUUCCGCAUCUCAUGGUUAUGUUAUUUCGGUUUGCCUCCCCGAAAAAGUUUGCAGCGAUGGACACCGUUGAUCAGACUUUCUAUAACCUAUUUAUAAGGUUUUUCUUUCUAAACAGUGCAGCCAAUCCGGUCAUCUACUGUAUGUGUGACAUCAACUUCCGACUUCAUUUUCUGAAAGUUUUCAAUCCAAAAAGAAAGUUAAAGUACAGCAGUGACAGCUAAAACGAAACACAGUUUUUACUACGUUCCUCUAUAUCUCUGGCUACAUGUUAAAAUGACAAUACUUAUAUCGUGACCUGUUUGGUUCCUUUAGGCAAAGAGUCAAGAGAAGGACUUUGACACGAAAAACGGUCAUGUACUGCAGGGGAAAAUCCAGACAGACAGAAAUGUCCAAAAUUAGGAAAUAUGCAGGCCUCGGCGAUCGCUACCACUUCGGUCCCAGUAGCCGUCGAAACAUCCGGCGUUCUCAACCCCCUGACGACCCAGUUUUUCCAGAAAGUUGGUCGUCGAUUAGCAAACUUCACAGGUGACCCACGGGAAACGAGGUGGUUGUACGAGAGAAUCUCUCUGGCGAUGGAUAGAGGCAACGCCUUCUCAAUGUUGGCAGCCCCGCUGACGCACGAGUGAUGGAUCACAGCUCCCGAUAGAGAUGGAUAGACAGAUGGAUAGAUGGAUGGACGGAUAGAUAGAUAGAUAGACAGAUAGACAAAUAGAUACUAGAUAGCUAGGCAGACUUUGUCCAAAUAAACAAGACACACAGCGAGAGAGCUUGUGAGAGAGAGAGAGAGAGAGAGAGAGAGAGAGAGAGAG